CUACCACAAACAGUGAGUUGUUUUUCUCUGUAGUCUAUACCCAUCACAGUUCUUUAAAAUGCUUUGUUUGCUGGUAUUCUUCUCUGUAUCAUUGGUCAGUACUUUGGGGGAAUCUUUCUUAACCACAAAAGCAGCUUUGAAUUCCUCAUCUGUGAGAGAAUUACUGAUUCAGUCCUCUCGAGAAAGCCUUGAGAUUGUUGACAACGCCUUCCAGCGCUCCAGACAAAGACGGAGCCCGGCCUCAUUCUCCAAGCAUGGGUUAGAAUUCCGUUUGCAAGCUGAGCCUGAGACCCAGGAGAUUUCUCGAGCUGGUGAGGUUUUCCAAGCAGCCCUACAGGUCCUGAAGAACACAGCAAAACAGAAAUAUGAAAGGAAUCUCACUGCUUCAGAGUUGUUGUCCUGGGAGGAUGUGCAGCUGCUCGCAGAGCUGUCUGGCUGUCCCACUGCAACAAAGCAGAACACGUGUGAACAAAGCCGUCACAGCAGAUACCGCACAAUAUCAGGAGUCUGCAACAACAGAUGGCUCCCGGCUGAAUACGAAGACGGGGAGGGAGAACCCAAGGGCUGGAACCCAGAACGACUCCAUCAUGGCUUCCAACUUCCUCUGCCUCGGAAGGUCAGCAGGGAAAUAAUCAGGAGCUCCUGUAAAUGGAAGGAUGAUGACUACUCUCAGCUGCUGGUGGAGUGGGGCCAGUACAUUGACCAUGACAUAACCUUUACACCUCAAAGCAUCAGUAAAAGUGCCUUUUGGACAGACGUGGACUGCUAUCAGACCUGUGAUAAUGUGCAUCCCUGCUUUCCUAUUAAGACCGAUGAUUCUCUCUGCAUGCCCUUUCAUCGUUCCACAGCAGACUGCUAUGUCAGUUCGGGGUCUGAUGUACAGCGCGCCCUGCAGCGACAGCAGCUGAAUGCCAUCACUUCUUACAUCGAUGCUUCACUUGUUUAUGGGCACACUCCAAAGUUGGAGAGUUUCCUCCGUGACCUCUCUGGGCACAGCGGGAAACUCGCCAUCAACGACCGAUUCGAGGAUGCAAAGGGAAGACCUUAUCUUCCUUUUGUUGCCAAGACGCCAUCAGCGUGCCGUACGGACCACCAGGGGGACAGGAUCGACUGCUUCAGCGCGGGGGACGGUCGAGUCAACGAGGGCCUGCCCUUGAUUUCUCUGCACACGCUGUGGCUCAGAGAACACAAUAGAAUAGCAGAAGCGCUGAAGCUGAUCAACGAUCACUGGAGUCCUGAGAUGAUCUACCAAGAAACCCGCCAGAUCAUUGGGGCCCUGCACCAGAUCAUAACUAUGAGAGAUUAUGUCCCCAAGAUCAUUGGCCCUGAGUCGUUUGAGCGCUUCAUUGGACUUUACACGGGCUAUGACCCAGCCGUGGAUCCAUCAGCCUCCAAUGUGUUUGCCACAGCUGCGUUCAGGUUCGGCCACGCCACCAUCUCUCCUGUGCUGCACAGACUGAACCAGAGCUUCCAGGAGCACGAGCAGUUCCCCCAUUUGAGACUUCACAAGACUUUUUUCAGCCCUUGGAGAAUAGUCAAAGAAGGUGGGAUUGAACCAAUUAUAAGGGGUAUGAUUGGAACUGCAGCGCCGGCUGUCAGUGCAAACAUGCUGCUGGUGGAGGAGGUCACAGAGAUGCUGGCUGUGCUGGACUCUCUGCAGCACAUGGACCUGGCUUCUCUAAACCUGCAGAGAGGACGGGACCACGGCCUUCCAGGAUACAACGAGUGGAGGGAAUUCUGUGGACUGGCUCGUAUUGACACGCUGGAGGAUCUGAAAGUAGUUCUGCGAGACGACAGGGUUGCUGAGAUGAUUCUAAACAUGUACCAGCAUCCAGACAACAUUGAUGUGUGGCUUGGAGGACUUGUUGAAAACUACUUGCCCGAUGGCAGGACAGGUCCACUUUUUGCUUGUUUGAUUGGAAAACAGAUGAAAGCCCUCCGUGAUGGUGAUAGAAUCCACGUAAUGCUGUUUGGCAAGGAAGCAAAGAGAGUUCCAUAGAAAGAACAAUAACACUUUCCCUUUUUGUUUGUUUGUUGAUUUAAGUUGACUCAUUUCAGCAGCACUUAACACAAGGAUAUCGUGUAUCAUUUCUCGUAACAAAACAGUCUUUUUUGGGGGUUUUUCCUCAUCGGAUAUGUAAGGGAUAAUGCCUGACGAUGUGUGCAUUAUCAGGAAUUACCGCCUGAAUGCACACUUCAAAGGGCAUUAUUCCAUUUAAGAAGAAAAAGUGUGUUUCAUAGCUUAAAGUCUAAAUUGUUCAACUCUUCCUUGUGUCUAAUUUUUUCCUUCAAUUCUCUUCAUCUUCUGCUGUAUCUCAGUCUUGAAAUGUUCAAAUUAACCAAACAUGAUAAAAGGAAACCAUAAAAUCACUCGUCUUUUAUACUGUCUUGCUGUUGUGAUCAACUGUGGAAUGAUAACAUUUUUUUCAAAUAUGUUAAUAAUAAGUGGAUUAAAAUCUCUACUAUUUAAAUAUAUUGAUA